CAUUAGAAAUAAAAAUAAAUCAUUUUUAUCUAUCAGUAAAUUAAAAAGUCUAGGGUUCUUCAUACUGAAGCCGCAACGCAAUUAUUCGCUACUCGCAGUGGCUCUUAAAUCCUCAAAUCUUAAUGCCCUUCGAAGAUUGAUACUGAACCAGAGUUCGCAUCAUUUUUGUGAAAUGGCAACUGAGGGUACAAAAAGUUUUGCAAGGAGGGAUCGUCUCUUGGAGAUUGAGCAAAAAGCUCGAGCCUGGUGGGAGGAGAAAGAUGUUUUUAGGUCUGAAUCUGCUGAUAGGCCUCCUAAACCGAAUGAGAAAUUUUUUGGAAACUUUCCCUUUCCUUAUAUGAAUGGGUUUUUGCAUCUCGGACAUGCAUUCUCAUUAUCCAAGCUUGAGUUUGCUGCUGCCUUUCAUAGAUUAAGAGGUGCUAAUGUUCUCUUGCCAUUUGCUUUCCACUGCACUGGCAUGCCCAUCAAGGCUUCAGCCGAUAAGCUUCGAAGGGAGAUUGAGCAGUUUGGUGAUCCACCUGUAUUUGCCCAUGAAGUGGAUGAUCAAGUAGAAGUAGAAACAGACACUGGAAAUAUUCCAUUAGAUAAGUUCAAGGGCAAAAAGUCCAAGGCGGCAUCAAAAUCGGGAGGGCAAAUGUACCAGUGGGAAAUCAUGCGCAGUUUUGGGCUUUCGGAUGCUGAAAUAUCAAAGUUCCAGGAUCCUUAUGAAUGGUUGAGAUUUUUUCCCCCAUUAGCCAUGGAAGAUCUCAAGGCUUUUGGUUUAGGUUGUGACUGGAGGCGUUCAUUUGUGACGACAGAUAUAAACCCGUACUUUGAUUCUUUUGUGCAAUGGCAAAUGAGGAAAUUAAAAGCCAUGGGGAAGAUUGUAAAAGAUGUGCGCUACACAAUAUUCUCUCCCUUAGAUGGCCAGCCAUGUGCAGAUCAUGACAGGGCAAGCGGUGAAGGAGUGCAGCCCCAAGAAUACACUAUCAUCAAAAUGGAACUUCUACCACCUUUCCCUCCUAAAUUGGGCCCUUUAGAAGGGAAAAAUGUGUUUCUAGCUGCUGCUACACUGAGACCUGAAACAAUGUAUGGGCAAACAAAUGCAUGGGUACUGCCGGAUGGUGAAUAUGGAGCUUUUGAGAUUAAUGAAACAGAUGUGUUCAUUCUUACAGAGAGAGCAGCCCUAAACCUGGCCUAUCAGAACUUCUCAAGGUACCCUCAGAAACCUAGUUGCUUGGUUGAGCUAACUGGUUAUGAUCUCAUUGGUUUACGCUUGAAGUCUCCACUUUCUUUCAACGAGGUCAUAUAUGCUCUUCCCAUGUUAACUAUUCUGACAGACAAGGGCACUGGGAUUGUGACUAGUGUACCUAGUGAUGCUCCUGAUGAUUAUAUGGCAUUGCAUGAUUUGAAAGCAAAACCUGCUCUGAGAGCUAAGUAUAAUGUGAAAGAUGAAUGGGUAUUGCCAUUUGAGAUCGUGCCAAUCAUCAAUAUUCCGGAAUUUGGAGAUAAGGCUGCUGAAAAAGUUUGCUUGGAUCUCAAAAUUAAGAGCCAAAAUGAAAAAGAUAAACUUGCAGAAGCCAAAAGGUUGACCUAUUUGAGAGGAUUCACAGAUGGAGUAAUGCUGGUUGGAGAAUUAACAGGCAGAAAAGUCCAGGAAGCAAAGCCAUUAAUUAAGGCUAAGCUCAUUGAGUCAGGAGAGGCAAUUAUGUACAGCGAGCCUGAAAAGCGAGUUGUGUCAAGGUCUGGGGAUGAUUGUGUUGUUGCUCUUACUGAUCAAUGGUACAUUACUUAUGGAGAGGAAGAAUGGAGAAAACUAGCUGAGGAUUGCUUAUCCAACAUGAAUCUCUAUUCUGAUGAGAAUCGACAUGGCUUUGAGCAUACAUUAAGCUGGCUGAAUCAGUGGGCUUGUUCACGAUCUUUUGGGCUCGGAACUCGCAUUCCCUGGGAUAAAGAGUUUCUUGUUGAAUCCUUGUCUGACUCCACCAUUUACAUGGCUUAUUACACUGUUGCUCACCUUCUUCAUAACGAUGACAUGUAUGGCUCAAGCAAGACCCAUCCUGUUCAGCCUGCAGAAAUGACAGAUGAAGUCUGGGAUUUUAUCAUCUGUAAGGGUCCAUACCCCAAGUCAUCUAAUAUACCUUCAAGUUUACUUGAGAAAAUGAAGCAGGAGUUCGAAUAUUGGUACCCAUUUGAUCUUCGGGUUUCUGGUAAGGACCUUAUCCAGAACCACUUGACUUUCUGUAUUUACAACCAUACAGCCAUCAUGGCUAAGCACCACUGGCCUCGUGGGUUCAGGUGCAAUGGGCACAUUAUGCUUAAUUCUGAAAAGAUGAGCAAGUCUACUGGAAAUUUCAGGACACUGCGCCAAGCAAUUGAGGAAUUUUCUGCUGAUGCAACACGAUUCUCUCUUGCUGAUGCUGGGGAUGGUGUUGAUGAUGCAAACUUUGUGUUUGGAACUGCAAACUCUGCAAUCCUUCGUCUCACUAAAGAACUUUCCUUCAUGGAAGAGGACUUGGCUGCAGAAUCAUGUCUGAGAAUGGGUCCCCCAUCUACUUAUGCUGAUCGAGUGUUUGAAAACGAGUUAAAUUUGGCUGUCAAAAUGACAGAGAAAAAUUAUCAGGACUACAUGUUUAGAGAAGCUCUAAAAACUGGGUUUCAUGAUUUGCAAGCUGCAAGGUAUGAAUACCGAUUUUCGUGUGGCUUAGGGGGCAUGAACCGCGAUUUAGUGUGGCGUUACAUGGAUGUGCAGACUCGCCUUAUUGCUCCAAUCUGUCCACACUAUGCAGAAUAUGUAUGGAGGGAAAUUCUGAGAAAGGAUGGAUUUGUAGUGAAUGCAGGUUGGCCUGUUGCUGGUGAACCCGACCUAACUCUGAAGGCUGCAAAUAAAUAUUUGCACGACUUAAUUGAUAAUAUGAGGAAGACGCUUCAUAAACAGCUCUUAGGCUCCAAAAAACCCAAUAAGGGAGCUCCAGUUACAACAUUAACUGCAGGCAAGAUAGUACUUUUCGUAUUUGUGAAUGAGGAAUAUGAUGGGUGGAGAGCGGAAUGCUUGAGGAUACUUCAAAGCAAAUUUGACAGUAAAAAUCGUACUUUUGCCCCAGAUGCAGAGAUAAUGGAAGCACUGAAGAACAGUUCAGUUGGUCAGGCCACAGAUUUUAGGCAAACCCAAAAACUUUGCAUGCCUUUUUUGAGAUUAAAGAAGAAUGAGACCAUUGCGAUUGGGGCUCAGGCCUUGGAUCUGAAAUUACCUUUUGGAGAAAUUGAGGUCCUUAAGGAGAAUAUUGAUUUGAUAAAGAGAAAACUUGAGGUUGAAGAGGUAGAAAUUUUGUGUGCAACCAAUGCUGAUGAUGUUUCUAAGGCUGGUCCUCAGGUCUCAGUGCUGAACCAAAGUUUCCCUUCUCCUGGAAAACCAACGCCCAUCUACUUGACCAUGUGAAGAGGCAGGAGACGGCAUGGGUUGCUUUGGAUAGAGAGUAUGUGGAGACAAAACAAAGGCUCAUUUUGAAGAAUUGGCUGCCGGAAUGUCAUCAGCUUGACAUCGGUAUGUUCUAUUAGUAAUGGCAGCAUUUUGAUUUAGAGCGGAUCUUGGAGCGCCCAUAAGUUUAAGUUAUUGAAAUUUUCUUAAUGUGAUGAUUUAGGCUGUUCUGUUGAUGAACUGACUAAGAUAUUUUGAGAAUUUGACAAUUGAUAUGAAUUAAUUGCAUACCUGCUAUGCUAUAGACUAAAACCUUGCCCUCUUAAUUUGUGAUUUUUCUUAUAGCCUAAAUUUUGUGAGAUUCUCUCAA